UGCUAUUUCCUUAUCUCUCACACUAGCGGAUCAGCUGCUAGGCAUGGAGGAAUUAACUCCCAUCACCUCACUGCGGUCACUGAUACUGGAUCUGCCGCCGAGUUGUGCUGAGUUUUGCCCGGCGCAUCCCGAGUAUUUGGUUGUGGGCACGUACAAUUUGCAAAAGGACGAUAAUGCUGAGGCUGCAGCAUCGGAGGAUCAAGAGGAGGGUAACGCUCGGGCAGCUCCCAAGCCCCAGAGCCGGAAUGGCAGCCUUGUCGUUCUCAAGACCGAAGGCGACGACAUGUAAGGCUGCAAAUAUGACAUGUCUGCCCAGGACAGUUAUGAGAU